AUGGUAGCGAAAUUAGGAGGAAAACCAUCGUGGCUCACAUGUUUGAGUGCUAUUUCAGAGGAAACACUCAGUAAGAACCUAACCGGCUCAGUGGAUGACAGUAAGAUAGCGUGGAUCGUCCGAAUGCGCUCUUUAAUACAAGAAUGCCAAGAACUGGACCUCAUAAUAAUAAACUUGCGGAAUGCGCUUGACAGCUACAUGGAGGCAGCUGACAAGAUGCAAAAACCGCUAAACGAAAAUCAAAUAGCCAAAAUUGAAGAAAAAGUCAAAGCGGCGCAAACAAUCUAUCUCAGUGGUCAGAACUAUCUGAUCGAACUUCCUUUACUCCUAGAGCGGAAUGCGGAUAUAUCGUUACCCGAGCCUAUCUCAGAUGGGACGCUCAAGCCACGUCUCGCUCCUCUUCAAUUGCCAAGUUUCAAGGACAACUAUGGGAAUGGGAACAUAUCUGGAGAGUUUUCGAUGCCGUCACCCACAAGAGCAACAUCAGCAAAAUCGAGAGGCUGA